UUGGAAUCUAAUUCGAUAAAUUUUAAUAUUACAUUUAGUUUCUUAAUCAUAAUACACACAAAUCGAAUUGAUUAGAAGUGAAUCAGCAGGACAAUAUUAUUAGGAACAAGUUCCAUCUGAUACUUUUUAGUAUCCACUUGCACAAGUCUAACACAUGUAUCUUUAAUUACAAAGAAUACAGUUAAGAGGGCAGAAACCAGAAGUUAAUGUAAAUAAUCUAAAAAACCACCCUGCAUUAGGUUAACUAUUUAGGAUAAUUAUAAUACGUAAAAUUUCCUUGGAUUAUAAAAAUGAAUUUCUUCUCUAAAAUAGGGAAAAACAUAUCAAGUUCAAUAAAGAUAUUAUUUGUACAUGAUCCUGUAUUUGGAUAAGUUUUUAGAUCUCUUAAAUUAACAUUAUCGAAUUUGAAUUGUGUGCCAUCAUAGUAAGUUGAACCAUAAUAGGUAGAAUUGACAUAAAAUGAGACACCUGAUCCUGCUGGUAUUGAAUUACAGAAAACCAAUUAAAUCUAUGCUCCUACUGUAUAGUUCCCAGAAUAUAUAUUCAUAGCAACAUAAGCUCCUUCUCUAAAGUGAAAUACUCCGUAAUUAUA